AUGCAAUGCAGCAUCGCAGACUCAACCCGUCGAACAUACCAAGUCGGCCAAAACCGCUACCACAACUUCUGUGACCUAUACUGGCUACCAGCAUACCCAGUCACACCACAAACAACCAUACUAUUCGCCACCUACCUAGCUCAGACUGUCGUAACGUACAAAACCAUUAAGGUCUACCUGGCAGCCAUUAUCCAUCUACACACUGACUCAGGUCAACCAGACAACAUCUCGGACAACGUACAGUUACAACGUACACUACUUGGCAUCAAAAGGUCAUUAGGGGACACCAAGAAACCACGACUCCCUAUCACUAUGAACAUUCUAAGACGCCUGAAAGAAUCACUCCGAACGCACCCGUCCAUCCACACAAAUGACAAACUCAUGCUAUGGUCAGCAUUUACGGUUGCCUUCUUUGGAUUCCUAAGAGUCAGCGAGUUUACUGCAACGUCGCCCCAGCAUUUCGACAAAACCCGUACUUUACUGAUCGAAGACACAACAUGUGCAAUCGAGCUAUACGUCCAGUUACGAGCCUCCAAAACAGAUCCAUUUCGUCAUGGCUGCAUCAUCAAAAUUGCGCCUACAUUCACCUCAGUCUGUGCCGUUCGUGCGUACACCAAGUAUCGCAGCAUCUGUGCCCCAUCACCCCAAACGCCUGCCUUCCAGUUCCACUCAUGGAGUUGGCUUACACGUCAAAGCCUAACUACCCACUUGCGUGACCUGUUGACUAGAGCUGGGAUCCAAAAUCCACGCCUGUACACAACCCACAGCUUCAGACGAGGGGCAGCAACAACCGCAGCAGAAGCGAAUGUGCCAGAUUGGUUAAUCAAGACUCUAGGAAGAUGGCGAAGCGACGCAUACCAAGUGUAUAUCGACACACCUUCGUCAACGCUACAAGACGUGCCUCGAAUUCUCUGCGGACAUUCAUCUUAG